AUGGCGCGAAUUAAAAAAAAUUAUCUCGUCAUCGUAAUACCAUCACCAGGUGUUUCUGGUUUACCGCGUCUGAAGUGCAUUCCUCGUGAAACUUCAUCACCUGCCAUUUCAUAUUCCUCUUUCGUGAUAUCAAUUCCUGAUGUUUUAAAGCAGGGCUGGGCAAACUACGGCACGCGGGUCGCCCGCGAAGCUAUUUUAUGCGGCCGGCGAGGCUUUGUUCGCCUAAAAAAGAUCGUCAUUAUCAAGUUAAUAGGAUUGGCAGGGUGGUGCAGUGGUUCAGAGGCCUGUAUGGUCUCCAUGCUUAAGUUGCUGGCCAAGCUGAGCACUAAACUCUGGCAAACUGCGAGUCAAAACACAAUCUCUUCUGGAAUAAUGAGAGAUAUAAACUUGAGAGACUGUGGUGGCAUUGAAGGACGCAAACAUAAACCUGUGGCCAGUGUGGUGGCAGUGAAGGAUGCAAACAUCAACGUGUGA